AUGUCUACAUUGCAUAAAAGAUUUGCUCGUAAAUAUCCUGAUGGUUCGAAAAAGGAAAAUCGACCGAAUACAAAACAACAAGAACAAGAACAAGAACAUCAUCAUAAUCAACAACAACCGAUAUUUCUUGAUUCAUCAGAUCAAUCACGUGCACUUUAUUAUUUGGGUUUGACAUAUCAUUUAAAAGCAAAAGAAUUACUUUGUUCAACAGGUGGUUUGCUUAAUGAUAAUAUUCGAACAUUACUUAAUAAAUCUAUUGUUUAUUAUGAACAAAAUCUUGAUCUUAACAAAGAAUUAAACGACAAAGUGGCGGAAGGAAGAACAUUAGGUAAUAUUGGCAAUGUCAAUUAUUUAUUACAAGAUUACUCAACAUCGAUUGAGUAUCUUGAUAAACGUUUGGCUAUUGCAAAAGAAUGUAAUGAUCGAGCAGGUCAACGUCGUGCACAUGGCAAUCUUGGCAAUGCUUAUUUAUAUUUAGAAGAUUUCGAUAAAGCUCUUAAUCAUUAUAGAGAAGCAAUGAAUAUUGGUGAAUUAAUGAAUGAUGAAUCAUUUAUGGCACGUAUGAAUUUUACAAUUGGGCGUGUUUAUUCUUUAAAACAUGAUUAUGAAACAGCAAUCUAUUUUCAUGAAAAACAUUUAAAUUUAGCUCGACAAUUAGAAGAUUCAAUAGGCCAAUGUCGUGCUUAUUAUGUUUUAAGUCAAUUAAAUGAAAACAUUAAUCAUCUUGAUAAAUCUAAAAAAUAUGAAAGUCUCUAUAAAGCUCUUGCACGAGAAAUUGAUGAACCAACAGAAGAUACGAUUUCAAUGUCAACAAGAUCUGGACCAACAAAUACUUUGCUCAAAAAUUUACGCACUGAUUCAAUUAGUAUAAGUCUAUCGGAAGGUGCUGGUACAAAUAAUGCUUCCUCAUCUCAUAGUCCACAUUCAGCACAUUCAAAUGCAAGUGUUAAUAGUAGUACAAAUGAUGUACGUUCAUAUACUGGUUCACAUAAUAUUGCAACAAAUGAAAAAUCCAUGUCAAAUAAAAGUAAAAAAAGUAAACUAAAUUCUUAUAGUUUAAAAACAAAUUUAAUGCAUCAUCUUGGAAAAAAAUCACCAACAACACCAAGGAAAGAAUCUUUACCAGCUGAUCAUGAUGAAUUAGUUGAACUUGUGUGUCGUAUGCAAAAAUCACGUUUUGAAGAUCAACGUUGUGAUUUUAAAACAACAACUCAUGAAACUUCAAAUGCAUUACGUGGACAUCGUCCAAGUGCUCAACUUGAAGAUAUAUUAAAUACAGUAGAUCGUUUACAACGAUUUCGUCUUAAUGAUCAACGAACAACUCUUCCAUCAACAAUUAAUCAUGAUAAUAAUAAUAAUAAUACUUCAACAACGCAUGAAAGUCUUUCACAAAUGAAUGAACAAUUUUUUGAUCAACUAUCUAAAUGUCAAGAUUCUCGUCUUGAUGAUCAACGUGCUGUACUUAUACCGAUACAUAAUCAUAAUACAUCUAAUGAUAAUUCAUCAACAAGACCAACAUCUGCAUCAUCAGCAACAACAACAACAACAAUAGAAUCACUAUCUAAAGAUUCAUCGAAUGAAUCAACAUCUAAAACUUUACCAGAUGACGAUUUCUUUUCACUUCUUAAUCGUUUACAAUCACGUCGUAUUGAUCAACAACGAACAUGUUUACCAUCAACAAUGAAUGCAAAUUCUCCACUUACAUCGCCGACUUCUAGUAGUACACCAUCAAAACGAACCCGGGUAAAACAAUAA